CUUUAUAUUCUGACAAGGAUUUGUCAUAAAUCGAAGAAUGCUUUCUCCGUAUUCGACAAAAAUGGCGAUGGCACCAUCACGACGAAAGAGCUGGGCACCGUCAUGAGGUCUCUCGGUCAGAAUCCCACAGAAGCUGAGCUGCAGGUCAUGGUUAACGAAGUGGACGCUGAUGGAAACGGAACCAUUGAAUUCCCAGAAUUCCUCACAAUGAUGGCAAAGAAAAUGACAAAUACUGAUUCCGAUCACGAAGCGGGAAUACGGGAGUCGUUCCGAACGUUUGAUACGGAUGGCAAUGGUUUCAUCACCAAGGCAGAGUUUCGCCACAUCAUGACCAAAUACAGCGAGAAAAUGACUGUUGAGGUAGUGGAUGAGAUAAUCAGGCAAGCUGACAAUGAUGGAGAUGGAAAGAUUAAUUAUGAAGAAUACGUCAAGAUGAUGAUGAGCAAGUAAAAUCCGCAGUGAAGUUUCAAUGGAAAACCAGCUCGGAAAGAAACGACACAAUGGCACACACAACACUUUUCGUUCCUGACGAUCGUAUUUAUCAGUUAACUGAGCAAAUUGGAUAUUUCUAAUAGCUAGUGGGAAUUUCAUUCCCGGGUGUAUCUUGAUAAAGCUGUAGAGCUGAAAACGCAAUCCCUCCUAUAGCCAAAAUUACUGUUUUUUAUCAAAAUCAAUUCAUCGAUGUUUCAACCUAACUCAUGUUUAAGCCUUUCAGUACCUACCCCACUGGCCCCUACUUUGAAUCUGUUUACUAAAGUAAAUUUACAGAGCUAUAAAAGUUAGACCAACAGUUAUACUCCUAUUAUACUCGUGCAAUAUAACUAAAUGCAUAUAAAAUAA